UUAUUAUAUAAAUCUUUUUUUACUUAAUGAAAAAGUAUGUCUAGACCGAUAACGUUUGUAACGGGCAAUGCCAAAAAACUGGAAGAACUUAUCGCCAUCCUGGGUCCCUUUCCCAAAGAAAUUGUCAACAAGAAACUCGACUUACCGGAACUUCAAGGCGAAAUCGAAGAUAUCUGUACGAAAAAAGCCAGCGAAGCCUUCAAAGCAGUUGGAGGCCCCGUUUUAGUCGAAGACACCUGUUUGUGUUUUAACGCUUUAAAAGGUUUGCCAGGUCCUUAUGUUAAAUGGUUUUUAGAAAAGUUGGGGCCUGAAGGACUGUAUACCUUGCUAACAGGGUAUGAAGACAAGUCAGCUGAAGCUGUUUGCACUUUUGCUUACCAUUCGGACGAAAAUGGGGACAAAGUUGUAUUAUUCCAGGGUAGGACCGAGGGCGAAAUUGUUAGCCCUAGAGGGACAAGGGAAUUCGGAUGGGAUGCUUGUUUUCAACCAAAAGGCUACAAUUUAACUUAUGCUGAAAUGCCCAAACCGGAAAAAAAUAAAAUAUCACAUAGGUUCAAGGCCUUGGAUAAGCUUAGAAAUUAUUUUAACAAUUGUGUGUAAACUACUUUCUUUAGGUGUACAAAUAUUUAUAAGACUUCAUUUAAAUAAAUUAUAUUUGCCAUCAAUAAAAAUAAUAU